AUGGCUACGCGCGGCGAGGUGGAUCCGGUGGUAGGGGGCAAGGAAGACGUGGACGAUGCGCAGGUGGAAGUCGAGCUGCAUGCCCUUGGAGGCGACACUGCCACAGGGUUCAGUCCCCUUGAAGACGUGGAAACAUUGGGGAGCCGGAGCAGCGCAGCAGUCGCACACUCGGGAGUAGUAGGUGGCAUGUUGGGCGGGCGGGGUAAGGGGGGGGGCAGACACGCUCGCCUGGAAACGGAGUCGGAGAGGUUGGCCAGACGAAGCCAGCGGAUGCUGUUCUGGGCUCUUUCUGCGGUGGCCGGGCUGCUGGCUAUUCUGGUUGGCCUGGUCGCAGUGGCCGUCCGCGAAGGAAUUCACAUUGGCGACGGUGGCGGCGGUCGCCAGACCUACGACGAACAGCAGCAGGAAGGGAGCGUCGCCGGCGACGGCAUCGGUGGCAGGGAAGUCGAGGGGCAUCCAGGACGAUCCGGGGCAGCCUAUCUGGACCCAAGCCAUCAUACCCGCGGAGCCGGACGCCUGGAUCUGGGCCGGGGACAUGGCGUACCUCGACAACCCGGCAAGCCGUGGUGCGCGGCAGGCGACCCCAACCAUGGACUGAGAAAGUUUCAGACGAUGAUCCGCAACCCCGAGUACAACCAGUUCCUCGAUUUCAUGUGCCCCGCUGCGCGAGGGCUAGCCAUGACCCCUCCCCCCGGCACGAACAGCGCCAUCUGCCCGAGGACGAUUCUGGGCACCUGGGACGACCACGACUACGGGUGGAACGAUGGCGACAGUCGCAACGAGCAGAAAUGGCUCUUCAAAAACAUGUUCCUGGACGCCAUAGGGGAGGACAGGAAUAGUCCCCGAAGGAACGCCCACCAGGGUAUGUGGCACAAGCACGUCCUCAACAGCGGCACCGACAGAGAGAUCGAGGUUUUCCUCUUGGACGAGCGUUACGACCGCGACACGAAGCCGUGCUACCUCAGGCGGAGCUACUGCGAAAAGAUUCUGGAAGACAUGGACGCCGGAGGGAACACUACCUCUUACACCGUGUGGUGCACCGACUUCCUCCGGGGAGGGCACGGGGGGAACGGCUCCUGCUGCCAGCACGACGAGAAUAUAUUCUUCGGCUGGUGCCUGGAGCCCUCGAGCAGGGACAGCCCCUUCUGGGAGGAGGCCUGCGACUCGUCCUCCCGGGAGUUCGGCAAGAGGUGGCUCGUUUUCGACGAGGAGACUGGCGACCUACGGCAUCCGGACGGGACCGAGGAGGUUGAUUCCCAGGACUCGCCUUUCUGCGAGGUGCUGGGGAGAGAGCAGCGGGCCUGGCUCCAGAGGGAGCUCGACCAAUCAACGGCCUCCCUGAGGCUCAUCGUGUCCGGGUCGGUCGUGCUCGGAAGGCCGGGCAACAACAGUCACAUUUGCGAGGACGGAGAGCCGUGCCAGUGUAGCAACGACGACUGGGACUGCUACCGCCCGGCGCAGCAGAAUCUCCUGAGCCAGGUUUCGAAGGCCCCCGGCUGCUCGGUGAUUCUCACGGGCGACUACCACUACGGGGACAUCAAGGCCUUGAUCCCCGGGGGGGAAACGCCGUACUGGGAGUGGUACUCCAGCGAGGGCAACGACUUCCCGGUCUACCAGGGCUCAUCGGCGACGUCCUGGACAUUCUACGAAAAAGCAGGUGAUGGCAUCGGGCAUGACAACUUCGACAGCGGAGAGGAAUCGGUCCUGCGACACGUUUUACCUAGAUGAAGUUGGUCUCCGGACUCACCCAGAGUGCGACCUGGUGCAGGACCCCAACUUCGGUCUUUUGCAGG